GAGCUAGAGGACUCAAACCCACCACUUUGUGGCCUUUCUCAACUGCAAGGAGGCAAAGUAAUAAAUAAUUUUUUUUGUAGAAAUGUUUAGUCCCCUCUUAGAAGUCUGUGACACACCAUAAAUAACCAAUUUCAUGCCUUGUUAACCUUCCCUGUCACAAGGAUGAUGAGUCCAUAAAUAUUGCAUUUAUUCGUCUUUGUGAUUUCUCUUCACAACUCUGGUUCUAUGUAUGCAAUGUUCUUAUGCUUCUAUAUAUGCAAUCUCUUGUAAUCAUAGUUAGAAGAAUUGAUUGAAGAAGAAGAAAAAGAGGUAAAUUGAUGAGAGAUGGCCCUUCAACGCGAUUCUUGGGUUUUUGUUUUCGGCCUUCUAGGCAAUAUCAUCUCUGUUAUGGUCUUUCUCGCUCCUUUACCAACAUUUUACCAAAUCUACAAGAAGAAAUCUACUCAAGGGUUUCAAUCAGUCCCUUAUGUUGUUGCAUUGCUUAGUGCAAUGCUUUGGAUCUAUUAUGCACUUGUCAAAAGGGAACAUAGCCUUCUUCUCCUCACAAUUAAUUCAUUUGGACUUGUGGUAGAGUCGAUUUACCUUGCAAUUUUCCUAGUUUAUGCAUCCAAUAAAGCCAGGCUUUCAACCUUCAAGCUUAUUCUACUAUUAAAUGUGUUUGGAUUUGGAGCUAUGCUUGUUUCAACUCUAUGCCUAACAAUGGGAUCUAAACGUCUUUCUAUUAUUGGAUGGAUUUGUCUUGUUUUCAACAUAACUGUAUUUGCUUCACCUCUAUGCAUUAUUAGACACGUAAUAAAGACUAAAAGUGUUGCAUACAUGCCACUUAGUUUGUCCUUCUUUUUGAGCUUAAAUGCUAUCAUGUGGUUCUUCUAUGGUUUUCUCAUCAAAGACUAUUACAUUGCUCUUCCAAAUACGCUUGGGUUUGUAUUUGGUAUAGUUCAAAUGGUGAUGUAUUUGAUUUAUAGAAACUCAACUCAAGUGAUGGUAGAAGAAAAACCAACCAAGUUACAUGAACAAAAUGGUCAUAUUAUUGACGUUGUGAAGAUCAAUGACACAAAUCAAGGGGGCAAUAGUGGUGUUCUUCCUGUAUCAACUAUUUGUGAGGAUUCAAAUAGUGGAAAGUAAGAAACAAGAGUGAGAACAUGAAUGCAAUGUAAUCUGAAAAGAAAAUGAAGUUUAGUUACUUUAAGGUUGUUGUCAAGUGGGAUCUCAUACAAAACUUGGCGUAAAGAAUAUUUUUGUUUAAUUAAUGUAUUUUCAUGAGUGAGUAAUUGUGUAAUUGUAAUGAGGAUUGUACUUGUACUGGCCAUAUAUGAUAUUUAUUUUUGUUUGGUUGUGAGGUGAUAAAAAUUGAUUGUAUUUUAAAAACUGAUUA